CAAUCAUGGUUGUUGUGAAGACUUCCGACUUGGCCCCCACAGCCAUUGUCAAGUUCUUCGGAGCAGGAACUGCUGCCUGUGUUGCUGACCUGGUGACUUUCCCUCUGGACACAGCCAAAGUCAGACUCCAGAUCCAAGGGGAAUCAAAGUCCUCUAUUGAGGGCCAGAAGGUGAAGUAUAAGGGUGUGUUUGGCACCAUCAACACCAUGGUAAAAACAGAAGGACCAAGUAGCCUGUACAAUGGUUUGGUGGCGGGGCUCCACAGGCAGAUGAGUUUUGCUUCAGUCCGUAUUGGCCUUUAUGAUUCAAUGAAGCAGCUCUACACCAAAGGAUCAGAAAGCGCUGGAAUUGGGAGUCAGUUGAUGGCAGGCUGCACCACUGGGGCAAUGGCGGUGGCCUUCGCUCAGCCCACAGAUGUGGUGAAGGUGAGAUUUCAAGCUCAAGUCCGACAACCUGAUGGGGGCUCAGUGAAGAGAUACAAGGGCACUUUCGAUGCUUACAGAACCAUUGCCAGGGAUGAAGGCAUUCAAGGGCUCUGGAAAGGCUGUCUGCCGAACAUUACCCGUAACGCAAUAGUGAACUGCUCAGAACUGGUGACCUACGACUUAAUGAAAGAGCUCAUCCUCAAAUACAACCUCAUGUCAGACAAUAUGCCCUGUCACUUCACUGCAGCCUUUGGGGCUGGUUUCUGUACCACUAUAGUGGCGUCUCCAGUGGAUGUGGUGAAGACCAGGUUCAUGAACUCAGUACCCGGGCAGUAUAGCAGUGCUAUUAACUGUGCCAUAACCAUGCUGAUUAAAGAGGGACCCACCGCCUUCUAUAAGGGGUGGUGCAUGUCACAGUAACAACCACAUGAAUGCCAGGACCCAAAGUUUCCCAGCAGAACAUUGCCCAGGGCAUCGCACUGCCUCUGCUGGAUUCCCUUCUUCCCAUUGUGCAUUCUGGUGCCAUCUCUUCCCCAGGUAAAUGAUGCA